CACUCUCAUUCCCUCUCAAUCCCUCUCGCCAUUUCUAUUCCCACUCCCACUCCUCCGUUUCCGCUGCCUACCCUUCUUCUGCCGAGUCCUCCCCUUUCCCGGCCCUGCACCCCUGGCCCGAGUGGUCCCAUCUCUUCAACUCAGUCUCAGCCUCCGGUUAUGAUGGAACCAACGGCCAGGAUGAGUUCACCGAGGCGGCCCGGGAUUUGCCCGAGGACUUUACGCGGGCUGCAAGUGUUUUCUUGGCGUUUGCGAGGGCACGAGCUGGCCUUUUGAGGUUGCUUUCGAGGCAAGAUUUGGAGGUUGUUGUGGAGAAUGGGACUCCGUUUCUGUUCCGGAAUGGCGAUGAUUCUGCAAGAAGAAUGAGAUUGUUUCUCAGCCAAGGCGAUACCCAUGCCUUGGACAUUGAUAAAGCACAAACGGUUGAUUUGAUGAGAUUUCUAUUGAGUUAUGCUAGCAAUCCCCUUUUUUCUUCAGAGAAAAACAAUAUCUACAAUAGCGAAAUUUUGGAAUCAUCUGUCCGUACUCUGCUGGGUGAAAUGUCCAAGCUCUGUUAUAGUGCUCCAGAGUCGAACUCUAUUGGGCCAGUGCAGGGUCAUUCCCUUGAUAACUAUGGAGAACCUAUUAGGCCUUUUGGAAAGACUAUUGAAAUGAAACGGGGUGACUGGAUUUGCCAGAGGUGUAAUUUCAUGAACUUUGCAAGGAACAUGAAAUGCCUUGAGUGCGAGGAAGCACGGCCAAAGAGACAGCUGACUGGCGGGGAGUGGGAGUGUCCUCAAUGUGAUUUUUUUAAUUAUGGGAGAAACACAGUAUGUUUGAGGUGUGAUUGCAAGCGCCCUGGAGAGGUCUCCCUUCGUUCCAGCAAAACUAGUUUAAGUAUAGGAUAUGACAAUGUGGGUGAUAAAAAUAAAGCUGAUAUCGAUAGCAGGCUGGCUGCCAAUGAAGAGAAGGCACAGCGGUGGUUUAGUAAGAUUUCUCAGCUAGACAGUAGUUCAGACAUGAACAGUGUUGUAUCUGAUGAAGAUUUUCCUGAAAUAAUGCCAUUGAGAAAAGGUGUAAAUAGAUUUGUUGUGAGCACCAGGAAGACACCAUUAGAGAGGAGGCUGGCCAAUGCUCAAUACCGAAAAAACUUGGAUAAUGAUAGUUAUCAUGAAGGCAAGGAUUUCCAAACUGGGAGUGGAAAUAAGUCACUUGGUACUACAGCCAACCAGACUUUAAAUGAAAUCCUUGGCCGUGCAUCUAUUUCUGAAUCAAAUAGUACAAGUACCAAUCCUGGACAAUUUGUGCCAUUACCUGCAGAUACAUUUUCUAAGCCUGAGAACUCGAGUAUGGAAGAGAGUGGGAAUUUCCCGAGAAACAAAAAUGAAUCUGGUAAAUCAGAGGACAGUAUGCAGAGGUCUGAGAAGCCUCCGAAACAGGCUGGCAGUAGGGAUGAAGAAAGUGACCAAGCUGAUAAAUCUGAGAGAUGGUUUAAGCGGGUUGCAGAGUUGCAUGAUGUUACUGAUCUGGCAAGUGCAAUAUCAGAUGAGGACUUUCCUGAAAUUAUGCCGAUGCGUAAAGGAGAGAAUCGAUUUGUUGUGAGUAAGAAGAAAGAUCGUUCUUUAACUUCUCCAUCAUACAAGAGGCGUACAUCUACUGAACAAGGUAGCAAUGCCAAUUACGUUCCCUUCGUCCCUUUCCCACCUGACUACUUUGCGAAAAACAACAACAUGCAGACAGAUGGGACAGAUUUGACUAACAAGACUGUUCAUGAAACAACUCCAACUAUGAUCCAAGAUAACCCUCCAGACAAGUUGGUUGAUCCUGGACCUGGGAAGCUGAAUUCUAGUCAUGUUCAGCAGAUGGAAAAUGAGAAAAGCAGCAUGGCAAGCUGGAAUCCAGGAUCUUCAGGAGAAAAUCUCGUAGACAAUAAGACUGGUUUAAUGACUGAUUCUGUUUAUGGGCCCCCAAUCGGUCGAAAUUCUGCCCUGCAUUUUGCUAGUUCUAGCACUAACAACAUGGACAGAUUGAACAGUGGAUCUUCUGGGAAAGCGAAUUCUAACCAGACAGCAAGUUUGACAGGGAAUUCGCCCCAAGAGUCCAAUGAACAGAACGUUAGACAGAGCUGGACUGGGAAAAGCUUGGAGGGAUCAGCAGUGAAGGAACCAGAUCCUUUAGAUAUGUCAGAGGAGGCAAAAGCAGAGAGAUGGUUCAAGCGUGUUGCCCAGAUUAAAGACAUCUCAGAGCUGAGUCAGAUUCCCGAUGAAGAUUUCCCGUCAAUAAUGCCAAUGCGUAAAGGGGUGAAUAGGUUUGUUGUUAGCAAGAGGAAAACGCCUUUAGAGAGGAGGCUGACAUCUCCACAGUACAGAAAAAAUCUUCCAAUUGUGAGCUCUGAUCCAGCGAAGAAAAAUGAUAGUGACUGAGGAAUCACAAGAAAUAUUCGACUUUGUUGUUUUGGAAGACGAGAUAAUUAAUUUUCUGUUUUCACGAUAAGAUGUUAUUUUUCCCUCAUUGUAUUCGUCAUAACUUGCUCUUGAGAAACAUUGGCUGUAUUCCCAAUAGUGUACAGGAGAUAUACGUUUCAGUUAUUGGCAAA